UCGCUCCGUAUUUUACUCGGCUUUUGCUUCUGAAACCUUUUAAUUUUUUUCCCCAUUUUGAUUUUUGCGUUUUUUCCGGGGCCUUCCUGAUGAUGUGAGCAGUCGGAUUCGCAAAAAUUGGGGAUUCUUGCUGGUGCAUUGAUCCGUGGAUCAGCCAUCUUCUCAAAGAUUUGAGGCGAGCGAGAUAAAUAUUUAGAGGAGAGGUAAAAUUCUGCUUCUGUGGAUUCAGGCGAAGGAAUCUGAGAUGUCGGGUCCGCUUGAUCGGUUUGCAAGGCCAUGUUUUGAGGGACUCUUGAGCAGCGAUGAGAAAAAGGAGAGAAAAUCCGACUUUGAGAAUUCCGAGGAUGAGAGGAGAACAAGAAUCGGUUCUCUGAAAAAGAAAGCGAUCAAUGCAUCGACAAAGUUCAAGCAUUCUCUCAAGAAAAAGAGUGGGAGAAGAAAAAGCGACGGCCGAGUCAGCUCUGUUUCCAUCGAGGACGUGCGGGAUGUUGAAGAACUGCAGGCUGUUGACGCUUUUCGACAAGCAUUGAUAAUGGAAGAAUUGCUUCCCGAGAGACACGAUGACUAUCACAUGAUGUUGAGGUUCCUUAAAGCGAGGAAGUUUGACAUUGAAAAAGCAAAGCACAUGUGGGCUGAUAUGCUUCAAUGGAGGAAGGAAUUUGGCACUGACACUAUUAUUCAGGAUUUUGAGUUUGAAGAGGUUAACGAAGUGCUGAAAUAUUACCCACAUGGUUAUCAUGGUGUUGAUAAGGAAGGAAGGCCUGUGUACAUUGAAAGGCUGGGGAAAGUUGAUCCGAACAAACUUAUGCAAGUUACAACUAUGGAUCGAUACGUAAAAUAUCAUGUAAAGGAGUUUGAGAGGAGCUUUAUGAUCAAGUUUCCCUCUUGCACAAUUGCUGCAAAGAGGCAUAUUGAUUCAAGCACAACUAUUUUGGAUGUUCAGGGAGUGGGUCUGAAGAACUUUACCAAAUCUGCUCGGGAACUUAUUACACGGUUGCAGAAGGUUGAUGGAGACAAUUAUCCUGAGACCCUCCACCAAAUGUUUAUCAUCAAUGCAGGGCCCGGAUUUCGGCUGCUCUGGGGCACUGUAAAGAGCUUUCUAGACCCCAAAACAACUUCCAAAAUUCAUGUCCUCAGUAACAAGUACCAGAGCAAAUUACUUGAGAUCAUUGAUUCCAGUGAGUUGCCGGAAUUCUUGGGAGGUUCAUGUACUUGUGCAGAUCAAGGUGGCUGCAUGCUUUCUGACAAGGGUCCUUGGAAGAAUCCAGAAAUUUUGAAGAUGGUUCUUCAUGGGGGAGCACAUCGUGCCAAGCAGGUCGUGAAAGUUUUGAACAGCGAGGGGAAAGUCAUUGCUUAUGCAAAGCCAUCUUAUCCAUGGAUCAAGGGAAGUGACACAUCCACUGCCGAGUCAGGUUCUGAAGCUGAAGAUAUUGGAUCUCCAAAGGCCGUGAAUAGUUAUCCUCAUCUCCGUUUGACCCCUGUCCGCGAAGAGGCGAAGAUUGUUGGCGAGACAAGCUUGGCUUGUAGCUUUCCAGGAUACGAUGAGUAUGUCCCCAUGGUUGACAAAGCUGUUGAUGCGAGCUGGAACCUCAAACCCACAAUCCAGAGAGUCCCCUCAAAAGGAGCAUUGAUGGCACCCAACACCCCGAAGGCUCCCGAGAGAGAUCGUGCUAAGGUUCUGAUAAUGUUCAUGGCAAUUGUUAUGGCCGUUGUAACGUUCUUCCGCACAAUGUCGUGCCGUGUGACCAAGAGGCUUCCUACCCCAGCUAACGGAUCACAAAACCAAGGGACCGGUACGGAGCUCACCUCCAAUGGUGGAAUCCAGGAGGAAUUCCGCCCGCCUUCUCCUGCUCCGCCGUUCACUGAAUCUGAUCUCCUCUCUUCUGUACUGAACAAGCUAAACGAGCUCGAGGAGAAGAUCGGCACUCUCCAAUCAAAGCCAUCUGAGAUGCCUUGCGAGAAAGAGGAACUUCUGAACGCAGCUGUCUGCCGCGUGGACGCCCUUGAAGCUGAGCUGAUAUCCACAAAGAAGGCGCUUUAUGAAGCUCUGAUGAGGCAAGAAGAGCUGCUCGCCUACAUUGACCGCCAAGAAGAAGCAGAAUACCAGAAGAAGAAGAAGAAGACGAAGCAUCUCUUCUGCUGGUAAAAAGACAGCAGAAAUUUCACCUUUGGGGGAUCUUCGUUUCGUAACUGAUGUAAAGAAUCAAAAUGUUUCUGCUAAUUCAAAGAGCUAUCUUUUCCUGUUUAA